CGAGCCGUGGGGCUGUGGAGCGGCAUGUUCUCAGCAGGUUUAAAGAGCGUAAUAAUAAGGCCAAAAAAACGCUCAUGUCGACCUGUGCGCUCUCCUCGCUCCACCAUGCGCUAAAGAGGAGCUUCGAGGUGCUGGAGCAAACGCAGGAGCGCUGGAACGGCGCGCUCUCCGCGUGCUCCCCCCUCCUGGUCUCCCUGGGCAACCUGGGCGAGCAGAUGCGCGCGCUACAGCGCGCCCCCCUGGAGCGCACGCCGAUGCGCGCCUUCCCGGACCUGCGCCCGCGCCUUCGCUUCAAGUUGCUGCAGGCGGCGGAUGCGCUCGUGGGCAAACUGCUGGAGCAAACGAGCGUUCUGCAGUCGCUGCGGGACAUGAUGAGCAACCAGGCAGCAGCCGUGUUCCAGCUCUACGCUCAACAUGCGGAUGCCCUCGAGCUGUCCAGCUGCCUCCGGCGGUCGGCCACGUGCCCCUCCGUCGCAGACAUGAUGGGGUGGCUGCAAGAUGCCGAGCGCUACUACCACAAUGAGUUCCUAAAGAGGAAGGUCCUCCUUGAGACAUUAAGGCCCAAUGAUGUCAGCGAUCUGCAGACCUCACCUAAGAGAUGGGAGUCGCUGACCAAUCAAAGAGGAGAUGACUGCAUCACAGAGACAUUGUGCAGGGUGGCGUUCUUCAGAGAGUCCUAGUGAGCAUUGUCUGACAGGGACAUAGGAUUGAACAACCUGCUGCUCUUAACGGGAGCAAACCACUGCUGAGGAAGACACUCCAAACAGAUGGAGUGUUUACUGGACAGGGGCGGAGUCGAUGUGUGCAAGCACUAGGGCCACAGGAUUGUGGAGGAGCGGGAAUCAGCGUGCCGUGGAGGGCACUAGAUCAAAGUGUCGUGUGGCUUUUAAGAUGGAUUUCUUAAAUUAUUUCAGUUUAUACCUUGGUUUCAGAUUGAAUCGCGUGUCUACUGAAGGUUAAAGGUUAAGCAUGUGGACCAAGCAGGUGAAGUGUAGUCUUCUCUCUGGUUGUUUGUGGGAGGCCGCAGCAUGAGGGAUCACAGAAGACGGCAGACAGAACCACCAGUUUGUCCUCUCUCAAACUGUGCGGCUCCUUUAAUUCCCAAAGUGGGACGGACUAUGUAAAUUUGAGAUGUGUACUCUGAAUAAAAGACUCACUCCUUUC